AUGGAUCCUAUCGUGGUGACUGGAGUCAUUGCACUGAGUGUAGUUGCUUUUAUCAUCUACACGAGCUCAGGCAAGCGGUUUCCUCUGAUCAACAGCAAAGAGCGCUUUGAGAUUGGCAUUGCCCCUGCGAAAAAACGAUUCUUCCAUCAUGCCAGAUCACUCAUCGUGCAGGGCCUGCAGAAGGGAACGAUGCCCGACCGGAUCUUUCCGGAUGCUAUACGUAUGAAACUCACGCAGAGCCUGGGCAGUGUGACAAAACCAUUGUCCGAGGAGACGACCACUGCAUUGAAGUCAUAUUGGAUAGACGGCUCCGAAUGGCAUACUAUCAACACCAAAGAUACCAUCCUGAAGCUCGUCGCUCAACUUUCUUCGGGAGUCUUUCUGGGCGAUAAAGUCUGCCGCGAGCCCGCGACCCUAAUCACUGCGAACAUGGCCCGGAAUCCUUCGGCCCCUCAUGGCUCGAUUCCUCGCAUUUUGUCCAAGAUUCACGCCGAGCUACAAAAAGCCCGUGAAAUCAUAAACCUGGUACUUGUGCAGCGCGCGGCGGAAAAGGAAGCCGCAAUUAAACAAGGUACCACACCUCAACGGUGCACGGAUGCCAUGGAGUGGAUGGAACAAUGUGCGAAAGGUCGUCCAUGCGAUGCUAUUGCUGGGCAGCUCGCAUUCUCCAUUCCCUCCAUUCACACCGCCUCGGACAUGCUCACCCAGGCGCUGUCUGAUCUAUGCGGGAAGGAAGAGCUGGUGGAAGCGCUGCGUGAAGAGGCCCGCACGGUAAUCAAGGAAGAGGGCUGGCAGAAGACCACUCUUUACAAAUUUAAGCUUAUGGACAGUAUGCUGAAAGAGAGUCAGCGACUGAAGCCGACCAGCAUGGGUAUGGUUCAUCCCGAUUGCCGCAUGAUAAUGAGAUAA